CAUCAUCUUCAUCCCCGAGCUCGAGCCAGGAGCCACGCGAAGUACAUUCGGCCAUCUCGGUAUUAUUCGAGGAGCAGACACUUGGCAGGCAAAGCCGUUGAGUUCUCUUUGCCGAAAUGGCGUUUCGCAUCUUCGUCGGCUGCUGCAUUUUCGGCGUGGGAUGGUACGCGGUGGACAAGGUGCGGCCCGGGCUACUCCCGCAAAUCGACGUGGCCGGAAGGAUCGCAGCCCUCCGCGGUUCAGCGGUCUCUGCUAUCGAGGACAAUCAAGGGAAGGACACAAAGGACACCACCAUUAAGGGAACCGGUGUUGGUGAAUCCGGCUCAGCGACUCAAGGCCUCGGGGCACCUGCCGGUUAUCUUGGAGUGGAACCUUUGGAGAACAUUAAUGACAUCACCGCGCGCGUGUGGUCGAGGGCGCAAACCAUUCUUUCCGAACACAUGAUGGACGCACUGGUGUCCACUGAGUUGCAACACCUUGUCCGAACCACCUGGGCAGCUGUGCAAGACGGGGAGUGGGUGCCAGACGUUGGCUACGACAAGGCAUGCAUCCUGCUGGCGUCCAUACUGUGCCUCAGCAUUGCAACGUGGUGUUGUAAAAGUGGCCCAAAGAAAACCACAAGCAAUGCCGACACAUCGCCAGCGAACCCCAUUCAUGGCACGGCUGUCGACUGGAAAUCCAACUUCAGCAUGUCCGAUAUGGCUCGUCUAAACAUUCACGGUUAUCGACAUGAAGGCGGCUACAUCUACCCGAGAGGAAUAGCAGCCGCCCAGUUGUCGAAGGAAGAUGCGGCGGCCGCGGUGAUUCAGCACUGGGCGCGCACGGAGUUCAAGCGCUGGCGUCUGGACCGCGCGUCAUCUCGGUCCAGCGUCGACACUCCGCCGCCGGACAGUCGGCGCUGGACCGACGAAGACUACGGCGCCGUUGUCAGCACGGUGCUCGAAGAUUCCAGUGUGAGCGCCGACGCACUGGGGCCUCCAGGAGGCGAGCGUUGCCCCGGCAACGAGCGUCCCCCCGAGAAACGCCUCUCGGAAAGGAAAUACGAAGGCGGCGAUGACGCGGAAUCGCGUCCAGAUAUUCGCUGCCGCCGGGGGCUCUCGCUUUCCUCGGCGAAGCUCUCCAAGGCUGUACUGAGGCUGAAGUCACCCGCAGUCCAGCACACUGCAAAGGGCCCGGCAUCCACGCCACCUUGAACAUAGUGGCCACGUGGUAGAAGUUUUAGGUAUUUUUACUGGUCGAUUAAGGGGCCACAGAGGAACAAAAUUCUGACACCUAAAAUAUGACCUAUCAGUUAAAACGGAA